AUGAAAACUAUAAAUGCUUUUUCUUUGAUACAGAAAGAGAUUACCCGAUCCAUUUCGGUAUUUCUAAUGAUAUAUAUAAUAACUCGAGCACCCAUUUCAAAUGUAUAUCCUAUUUUUGCCCAACAAGGUUAUGAAAAUCCUCGAGAAGCUAUCGGUCGGAUUGUUUGUGCUAACUUCCAUUUAGCUAAUAAGCCUGUAGAUAUUAAGGUUCCACAAGUGAUACUUCCUGAUACAGUAUUCAACACAGUUGUUCGAAUUCCUUACGACAUGCAAGUGAAACAAGUUCUUGCUAAUGGUAAAAAAGGGAGCUUUGAAUGUAGAAGUUGUUCUUAUUUUACCAGAGGGUUUUAA